CCAAUCAAUCACAGAGAAGAGAAUCAAUUUUGAAGCCCCACACACCAUUCAUAUAAAACUCAUUUUCCUUCUCCAAUUCUCGCACCUUCUCUCUCUCGUUCGAGUUUGCGUUCUACGUCGCAAAAUCGAAGGAGGAUCUCUCUUGCUUUUUCUCUAGGUUUUUGUGAUGGCGUCCAAGAGAAUUUUGAAAGAACUUAAGGAUUUGCAGAAAGAUCCUCCAACUUCUUGUAGUGCUGGUCCUGUUGCUGAAGAUAUGUUUCAUUGGCAAGCUACAAUUAUGGGUCCUCCAGACAGUCCUUAUGCUGGAGGUGUUUUCCUAGUGACCAUUCAUUUCCCUCCGGAUUAUCCCUUUAAGCCACCCAAGGUUGCAUUUAGGACAAAGGUAUUCCACCCAAAUAUAAAUAGUAAUGGAAGUAUUUGCCUUGAUAUAUUGAAGGAGCAAUGGAGCCCUGCUCUAACCAUUUCUAAGGUGUUGCUCUCAAUUUGUUCCCUAUCGACAGACCCAAAUCCCGAUGAUCCUUUGGUCCCUGAAAUUGCCCACAUGUACAAGACAGACAGGAACAAGUAUGAGUCAACUGCAAGAAGCUGGACCCAAAAAUACGCCAUGGGCUAAUUUGUACGAGGGAGAGCGAUUUCUUACUUUCAAUGUCUAGGCACAACCUUUGUAUGACUAUUUUGUGUUCUUCGAUUAAGGCCAGUUGAAGAUGAAUGGGAAAAUAUUUUUUAUGUUUGUAUUGCAAAAUGCAAAUGCUACUUUUAAAAUAGUGAAAUGUUGCCCCAUUUAAAAGUUUGUCAAAAUUUUAACCUUGUAUUGACAUCAUCGUUGCAUAUUUAGAGAAUUUUGGUUUGCUAUA